AUGUUAAAAUUUUUUUUUUUUUUUUUUUAUAUGUUCCUAAUUAUUUAUGGCAUAGCUACCUUAAAUAUCAAAAAUGAAAAUAAUAGUCAUAUGCCAAAUUUUUUUGAGAAUAGAUAUUAUGUAAAUAAUGAAAGGGGGGAAACAUUAUCCUCCUUAAAUUUAGACAAUAUAGACAAUACAUAUAAUCAUAAUAAUAAUAAUAAUAAUAAUAAUAACAUUAGUAGUAGUAAUUAUAAUAAAGGGAUUUUAAAAAGGUUAGACAAAUCUUCCACUGUGAAAGAAUUAUAUAGAAACAAAAAUAGAGUACUAAAUAAAUUGAAAUAUAAAAAUAUUAGAAAAAUGAAAAAAAGAAGAAGAAGAAGAAGAAGAAAAAAAAAAAAAGCGAAUAUUGAUAAGGUCAAUUUAUCUAGAAACUUUUUAUUUUCUUAUAUACAGAAAAAUUUAUAUUAUACUAGAUCUUAUUUUAAUGUAUCACAAUUAUUUAGUACAUUACAAAUUUUUCUAGAUCAAUUUUGUUAUCCUGGUUUAGGUAGAUGUAUUCCAUAUAUAAAUAAAUGUUUAUGUUAUGAUAAAUCAAAAAUGAAACCUAAGACAGCAAAAUCUUGCUUAAACAAUUGUGGUGUUAUAUCGUUAUGUUCUGGAUAUCCUUAUGGUCCAGGAUAUAAAAUAAUCCCCAAUGAAUUUAUAAACAACAGAAAAGUAGUAACCUGCGUAGUUUCUAGUCUUCAAAAUAAGCUAGAUAGAACAUGUGGUUAUAAUAAAAAAUUACGUUUUAAUGAAAAUAAAAUUUAUUGUAUACCUUAUGAUUUAUUAGAUAUGAAUUUGUCAGGAAUUUAUUGUGUAAAUAAUAAUAAAGAAAAAAUAUUUUGUAAAGGAUUCCUUAGGCAGAUUUAUACAAAUUUAAAGGAAUAUGAAAUACUUGAUAUUGCAUAUCAUAAUUUUAUACUUAAUAAUCCUUGUAAUGAACAUAUAUACGAUGAUGGAACCAAUUACAAAGGUUGUCAAGAUACAUCGAUUUCUGGAAGAAAAUGUUUACACUGGAAUUCCUUAAAUAUGGAAAAAGUAUUACCGUAUUUAUAUUUACAUAAUUAUUGUAGGAAUCCCGAAGGAUUAUCAUAUAUUUAUUGUUAUGUUGAUAAUAAUGGCAUAAUUACAAGAGAAUAUUGUAAAAGUAGAAGUAAUAUAAUAUUUAAUAAUAUAGCAUAUUCACGAGAGAAAUAUUUUCAUUUUGAUAUAACUAUGAAAAAUGUAUCUGAUUUUCGUAUAAAACUAGAUAAUAAACCAUGUAAUCAAAGAUAUUUUGUAAAUAAUCAUCGAAUUAAUGAAUUCACAUAUGAUAAAAGAAAUUAUACUUAUCAUAAUAUAAAUGGAGAAAUUGCACUAACUAUCUCGUUUAAGAAUUUUUCUUAUAAUACCUACUAUGAUUAUAAAUUAUAUAUAUGUGCAUGUUUUAAAUAUUAUUAUACAAAUGAUUUAGUGAUAUGUUCUACAGAUAAUUACAAAGUAGAAAUAGGUUCAUUUCUUAUAACAAAGGCAUAUACUGAUAAAGAUACCAACGUGUUUUAUUUAAAUAGACAAUAUAAUUUGUCCUUUAAUAUAAAUUAUGAAAUAAUAAAAAAUGAAAUAUAUAUUAUUAAAGGGGAUUAUGCGUAUGAAUGUAAUCAUUUAAGAAUAAUAGGAAAUGACAAUAUUCAUAUGAUUACUAAUAUGAAUAUAUUAUUUAAUUAUUAUAAAAAUCAAAAUUUUCAAAAAAUCCACCCACCUCUAGAACCUAAUAAAAAGUAUUCCUAUAUAUAUUCUUACUUCGAUCCUAUUCUAGAUCUAUCAUCUAUUUUAAGGAAAAAUGAACUUUUUAUUAAUCCUCAAUCUAGUAAUAUUAUAAAAGGAUACCAAAAUGUAGAUAAUCUAAAUAAUGAUGGAAAAACAAAUUCAAAGAGUAAGUUUGCUAAAAAUAAGCAUAUGUUACAAAAUGGGUCUCCUAAUAAUAACAAUAAUAAUAACAAUAAUAAUAAUAAUAACAACAACAAUAAUAAUAGUAACAAUUUUAUGCAUAGUCAUAAUACAACUUUUCAAAAACUUUACAAUUUAAAAAAUGGAUCCAAUUUAAUAUGCAUUAAACACCAAUACAACAAAUUCACCUACUAUUAUUAUUCAGGAAAAAUAAUAUAUGAUAAUAAAAAUUUUGAACAUACUAAGUAUAUAUUAAAAAAAGGAAACAAGACACAUGAAAAUUUAUUGUAUAUUCAAGAUAUUUCAAAUUGUCCAGAUAUAAAUUUUUUUUCCUUUUCAUCAACUACUUGUGAAUUUAUAGAUAGGGUGAGCACAAAAGAAAAAUAUGUUCAUGUUUUUAUUAUAAGGUAUACAAGUCGUCUAAAAAUGCAUUCAUUCAUAUUUCCAUAUGAUGCUUAUAUAAAGGGGUAUAACAGAAAUGUCAAUAAAACGAAUACAAUGAUAAUAAAUAAUAAUGUAAACACCAAUACAAAUAUGAAGAAUAAUAAUCAAGGCAAUAUUUUAUCUAACAUGAACAAUAAUAAUAAUAAUCAAGGCAAUAUUUUAUCUAACAUGAACAAUAAUAAUAAUAAUCAAGGCAACAUUUUAUCUAACAUGAACAAUAAUAAUAAUAAUCAAGGCAACAUUUUAUCUAACAUGAACAAUAAUAAUAAUAAUCAAGGCAACAUUUUAUCUAACAUGAACAAUAAUAAUAAUAAUGGCAAUAUUUUAUCUAACAUGAACAAUAAUAAUAAUCAAGAAAAUAAUUUAUCUAACAUGAACGAAAUAUAUUACUUUUUCCUAAAAUCCAUGUACUUUAAAACAGAUAACAAAAUUACAUAUUUAUGUAGUAGGACAAAUAACAGCAAUAAUCCGAUAUCAUUAUCGUUAGUUCUUUUUUCAGAUUUAUUAUUUGUAAGAUAUAAUGAAUUUGCUCAUCAUUUUGAAAUAUUUAGCGAACCAACAAAUGUAUAUAAUCAUUAUUUAGAUAAUGAUUCAUAUAAUAAUUAUAUAAAAAAAUAUUGUGAUACAGAAGAAUUUUUAGAUAAUGAAAAUAUGAAUAAAAUAAUAUCUGUUUGGUCUCAUGAAAAUGAUAAUUAUAUAUCCUUUUGGUUAAUUUCAUCUAAUGCAUUAACUCCUUUUUUUUUAUUAAAGUUUCAUAUAAAUUCUCCUAGAUUUACCUUUCUACAUUUUAUUAAAUCAGAACAAAAUCAUAAUAAUAAUAUAUUACUAAAGUUAUAUAUUUUUAAUAUAAUAUAUGGAUAUGUGAGAAUAUAUAUAACAAAUAAUUUCAUAAAUAUUAUUUUAGUAAAAACUGCCUCUUUAUAUAAACAUGAUAAAGUUGCUUGUGUUGAAAAUUUUUAUUUUAACAAGGAACCAUAUUUUAUAUUAUUAUAUAAAAAUAAUACAAUUACUAUAUUAAAUAAUAAUUUAAAUGAAAUUGAGUUCAAAAAUAACAAUUUUAAUAUUUACAUUAUGUCUAUACCUCUAAAGGUUAAAUGUUUGAGUGAUAAAAGUGUAACAUGUUUUAUUUUAUAUAAAUAUCAGAAAAUGUUAUGGUUCCAGAUUUUAUUUAAUUUGAAUGAAGAAUCCAACAAUGUUGUGCCUAAACAUGAUUUGUUAACAAUCGAUAAGCAAGAUUACCAUCAAAAAGGAAUACUUAAAAAAGGUAGUAGUAAUUAUCAUCAUAAUAAUUACUAUGGUGAGGAUAAGAAAAAAAAAUACAAUUUGCUUAUGUCUAAUGAUAUAACAAUAUAUAUAAAAUAUAUUAAUACAUAUAUUGAAAGUGAUGAUGAAUUAAAUUUAGAUAAUUCAACAAAUAUUACAGUUAUAAAUAAAUUAGAUGAAUUUAUUAUUUAUGUAUCAUUUAAAUCAUCCAAUAAAUUACAUAUAUAUUCAACAGAUAGUUCAAAUAAUACAAUUAAAUAUUAUAAAUAUAUAAAGAAUGAAAAUAUAUCAAAUUAUAAAAUUAAUUCUAUUUUUACAUAUUCAUUUUCUUAUAAUAAUUAUAUUAAUUUAUUUGUUAUUAAAGAAGGUGAAGUACCAUCUUUAUGUAUAUUUAUUCAUGAAUAUUCAAGUAAAACUUCAAUAUCCUAUAAAGCUAAAGAUAUAUAUAUAUAUAAUAAAAAGGUUGUAUUAAAUCCAGUUAUUGAAGGUGAUAAACGUCAAAUAAAAUAUUUCACUCUAGAUUAUGAUAAACAAUUAAAUGAUCAAUUUAUUCAUAUAGAUAAAACGACUGGAGUUUUAUCAUUUAAAUUUAAUACUAUAAAAAAUUUAAAUGUUCAUUUAGAAAUUGUUAUGUAUGGAUUAUUUCAUAUAUAUAAUUAUAAACUUAAUUUUAAAAUUGUCUGUGAUAAUGGUUAUUAUUAUAUUUUUAACGAUUGUUUUCCUUGUCCCCAAGGUUAUUAUAAUAAUAUUAAUAUUAUUAAAACGAAUGUAGAUUUUAUAAAUAAAUGUAUGAAGUGUGAUAAAAACAAAACUACAUUAAUAGAAAAAUCUAGUAAUAAAACAGACUGUUUAUGUAACUUUGGAUAUGAAUAUAUAAAAAACCCAUCAGAUCCACAAGAAUUUAUUUGCUCUCCAUGUACCAGAGGAAUGUAUAAAAAUACUAUAUCGAAUAAAUUAUGUGAUGGUAAUGCUUGUACAGGUAAUUUUACUACGUCAGUUAUAGGUGCAAAAAAUAUUAUAGAAAGUACUUGUUUCUGUAAACCAGGGUUUUAUGUUACUUAUGAUUAUAGAGGAAUAGAAUUUUGUAAAGAAUGCUUAUUACAUUUUUAUUGUCCGGGAAACGUGAUAGGUAUACAAAAAUGUCCUAUACAUAAUGAAACACUUCAACCAGAAAAAAGAAUUAAUUUUGAUUCUCUACAUGGUUGCUUCUGUAAAAAAGGAUAUGAACCAAUAAAUAUAUUAAACAUUAAUAAAACCGGAACAAGAGAUGAACAUUAUUAUAAACUUUUCCAUAAUACAUAUGCUGAUAAAUUCAAAGAUAUUAAUCCAAAACAUAUAUGUAUGGAAUGUGAUAUAGGUUAUUAUAAAGAUACUAUAUCUUUUCAACCUUGUAAAAAAUGCCCAAACCAAUCAACAAAUAAAAAAUAUGGUUCCACUUCCUUAAACGAUUGUAAUACCUGUCAUAGUGGAUAUUAUAAAAAUAUCAACAAAACAUGUUCUACAUGUUUACCAAACCAUUUCUGUGUAGGAGAUUUAUUACAAAAAGAUUUAGACAAAUAUUCAGGAGAUGCAGUUAUCUGUCCAAACAAUUCUGUUACUAAAAAACCAUAUACACAAAAUGGUACUUUUAAAGAUUGUUUAUGUAUAGAAGGAUAUAUAAAAAAUUAUCAAGAAUCAUAUAAUAUAAAUGACCAUUGUAAAUUAGUUCCAUUAAAUUUUUAUAAAGAUUCUAUUUCUAAUGAUUUAGGUACUCCAUGCCCUGUGAAUAGUAUUACCUUAAAUGUGGGCGCAAAAACUAUAAAUGAAUGUUUGUGUAAUAAAGGAUAUUUCUAUAAUGUCAAGAAACAACAAUGUGAAGAAUGUCCCAUAGGUUUUUAUUGUCCAAAAAUAAGCUCAAAAAAUAAUAUAAAAAAACCUAUCAAAUGUCCUAAAAAUUCCUCAAGUAUAAAAAAAGGUAUGUAUAUAUCAAACAAUUGUCAAUGUAAUUUUGGAUAUACAAAAUAUAUACACAUCGAUAAUAAUCAAUCCUUAUUAAAUAAUAAUAUUAUUAAAUAUGAUAACAAGAAAACGAACAAAAUGUUUUAUUCAUUUUUAUCAAAUAAUUAUUAUAACUAUAAAAAUAAAAUCAAUUAUAUAAAUAAAUCUUAUAAUAAUAGGAAUUUAAUUCUUUUACGUAAUAUACAAAAUAAGAAUGCUAUUUAUAAAAAGAAAAAACGUAAAAAUGUAUUAUGUAUUAGAUGUCCUCCUAUGACAUAUAAAGGAACUAUAUCUAAUGAUCCUUGUGAAGCGUGUCCAUUAAAUUCUAGAACUAUUGAAAGUGUAAACAAUUCGCACAUCUUUUUUUGUUUAUGUAAUCCUGGUUAUUAUUUACAUGAACAGAUGUGUAAGCCUUGUUCUUUUAGUAAAUUAUAUUGCACAGGAGAGAACAUAUAUAUAAUAAGCCAAUCCUUAUAUGAAACGGCACUUCAAGAGAUAAAAAAUAUUUAUGUAUCUAAGAACAAUGAUAUGUAUAAAAUGAUUUUAAUGAAUUUGACAUUGUACGAUUAUAGUCAAAAUGUUAAUAUUAAUAAUAAUAAUAAUAAUAAUAAUAAUAAUAAUAUACAUAAUAAUAAUAUAUAUAAUAUAUAUAAUAGUAUUAAUCAUUAUAAUAAUGAUAACAAUAUUUUUGUAAAUCCCAUUGUCAAUAACAAACUGAAACAUCAUAAUAAUAUUAUUUAUCCCCCUUACAACCUUUUGAAUAGCCAAGUUGAUACAAUUCCAUUUCUCAAAAAAAAAUAUGGAAAUAAUAUAAAUAUUUCAAAUAUAUUGGAUCUGAACUCCUUAUAUAAAGAACCCAUCCAAAACAACAACAAUUUAAAUACGAUUUUGAAAAGUUUUUUUCAUAAGGAUAAUGAAAAUUUAAUUUAUGUGAAAUAUCAAAAUUUUGUGACAUGUGGGAAAAAUACAGUAAUACCUUUAGGUGUUGAUUCUUCAUAUACAUUUGAUGAUUGCAAAUGUAAGAAGGGUUAUUAUUUGAAAUCAAAAGAUAUAAAUAAUUCUAUAAAAAUCUGUGAACCUUGUAAAACAGGAACAUUUAAAAAUUAUGUUGGAGAUGAUACAUUUUGCUUACAUUGUCCACCUAAAUCUACCAGUUUAGAAGGUUCGAUUUAUCCUACCCACUGUUUUUGUAAAGGAGGCUUUUUUUAUAGUAAAGGAUAUUGUUUAGAAUGUCUAGAAGGUGCUUUAUGUAAAGGAGGUUUAAACAAAAAUGUAAUGCAACGUAUGAAAUUUAAUAUGGAAAAUAUACUUAUCACAGAAAAGGAUCAUAUAAAACCACACUCGAAUAAAAAUUAUUAUUUAGAUAAGAGUGUUAUAGAUGUAGUAGAUGUUAGUGAAUGGAAAUUUAUUAAAUGUCCUAUAAAAGGAGCAUGCUUAGAAAAAAAUAAAUGUCAUAAGUCUAUGAAUAAUUAUUUAUGUAUUGAAUGUGCAAAGGGAUAUACUAAUAGUUUUAUGACAUCAUUAUGUGUAAAAUGUCCUAAUAAUAUAACUAAUAUGAUACUGUUAUUUCUCAUUUAUAUAAUAUUUUGUUUUAUUAUAAUUAUUAUUUCCUAUUUAAAUAUCACAUCAGGAUUUUAUAGACGAUCCAUACAUUCGAUUGUAAUAAAGAUUGGAGUUAAUUAUAUAUCUAGCAUGUUAUUUAUUAAAGUUUUAGAAGAUAGUAAUGUAUCAGUUCCUAUAUCAUUUAUUCAUUUUUAUAACAAAAUGGAAAAAUUCUUACAUAUGGGUGAAAAUAAAAAAAUUGUAAGUGUAGACUGCUUGUUAAGAUAUUAUUUUAAUUUGAAUUAUUCUAAUUCUUUCUUCUAUUCAAGUGUACUGUUUUUUUUUAUUCCUAUUUUUUUAAUAAUAACUUUAACUAUUAUUUUAUUUAUUAUAUUGAAAAUAUAUCAGUGUGUCCAAAAAAAACAAAUUGCUAAUAAAUUAGAUUUAUUAAGGAUAGCAGAAAUUGAGAACAUACAUUUUUUAGCUAGUUCAUUGAAAAAGUCUUAUUCAAGACAAAGGAUUAUAAUGAUAUUAAGAUAUAUACAUUUAGAUAAUUAUAAAACAAUGGAUAAAAUAUGGAUAUUUUUUGAAGAUAUGAUACCAGUAUAUGUGACAUUCUUAUUUAUCAUACAUGCAAAAACAUCUUUACGUAUGUUUCAAUUAUUUGAUUGUUCAUAUAUAAAAUAUACAAAAUAUUUGGGAAAAUAUAUAUUAAGAAGAGCUAGCAGUGUUCAAUGUAGUUUUAAAGAAGAUUACUCAAAAUUUUUCUUUUUAGGAUUAACAGGAACAAUCAUAUGGUCUUUAGGAAUACCACUUUUUUCAUUUUAUAUAUUAUAUAUAAAUAGACAUAAUUUAUUUAAUGAAAACGUAAGAAUAAGAUAUGGAUUUUUACAUAAUGGGUAUGUACCAAAUAAAUGGUAUUGGGAAAUAAUUGUUUUUUCAAGAAAAAUAUGUGUUCUUUUUAUUAUGACAGUUAUUAUAUUUCCAUCAGAUGAAAGUAAUGCUUCUCAAUUAUUACUAGUAACAUUCGUUGCUAUAUUUUCCUUAUGUCUUCAUUUUAUAUUUCAACCAUUUGAUAAAAGAAAUUAUUUUACUUUAAAUAAAUUAGAAAAUCUUAGUUUAUAUAUUUGGGUUUCAACGAUUAUUUGUACAUCCAUUUUGUUAUCUAUGAAUUUAAGCAAAUUAAUUAAUUUCAUUAUUUUAUUCACUUUGUUUAUUCUUAACCUUUUAUUUUUUAUCAAACUAUUAUUCUGUUUAUUUUUUGAAUGUCUUGAUAAUAUAAGAAGAUCGAAAGCAUGUUAUCAUCUACCCGUACUUGGAACGUGUGCAAAGCUCUUAGGCGAUAUUAUGGAAAAGAAAAGAAAACGAGAGCCUAUCAUUUUUUAUGAUAAAUUGUGUAAACAAAUAUGUAUCAUGCUUCCUGUUCAAUGUGGAAAAGUACCCAAAAAUAAAAAAAAUAAUAAAAUUAAAAUAAAUCAUAAUAAAUAUAUAAAAAAUAUUACAUACCCUUUCACAAGACUUUUUAAAAAUUUAUCAAACAGUUAUAAGCAUAAUAAUAUCAAAAAAAAAAAUAACUAUAUGCCACUACAAGAAAAUAUAAAUGAAAAUAAAAAUGAUAUUAAUAAUAUGUGUCAAAAUCAAAAUACUCAAUCAUAUGUAACAUGUUCCUCUGACUUAGAUAAAAAUAAUAUUAUUCAACAAAAAAAAUCACACAAUGAUAACAACAUAAAUCUAAUAACUGAAAAUAUAAAAAAUGAAACCAAAAAUAAUGUUUGUUUUUAUUUAAGUAAUUCUCAUAACAUUCCUUUAUAUGGAGGUAUAAAGAAAGAAUACCGAAUGUUUGCAACAGAAAUUUAUAAAGAACUAUUCGAUAUUUUUUUAAAAAAUAUUUCUCUUACAUGUGUUUCAGAUACCUUUUUUGAGUUUUUAUUUAAAAUUACUAUAAAUAUAAGUAAUUUAAUACAUACUAUUGAUGAGAAACAAAAAAUAUUUGAGUCAUUUGAUCAACAACAUAAUUUUAAUAAUAUAAUUCAAUGGUCUCUUGAGAGGAAAGAAAAAUUUAACGAAAAUAAAAAAUACCAACAAAAUGAUUUCAUUUCUUCUAAAAAUUAUACAUCCAAGAAUGAUAAUAAUAUAUAUCCUAAUAAUAACAUAAAUGAUUUUUCAUCAUAUAAUUUUGAAUGUAUGCAAAAUAAUGAAAUUAAUCAUAAUAAUUAUAUUAAUGAGUUUUUCAUAGGACACGAUAAGGAAACAAAAAAGAAUAACCAAAAAAAUUACAUUUCAAAAGAAGAAAAGGAAAAACUAUUCUCUUUCUUUAGUGAUGACCUAUUAAAUCGAAAAGUUGCACUUUCCGAAUUUUAUUUCUUGCUUAUUGAAUUGAAAUUAAAGUACUUCCGGAAUUUACCUUCUUAUUUCUACAUGUUCAAAGUAUAUAAGAAAUUAGAGAAAAAUAAUCGACUAAAACAGUUAAGAAAAUUAAAUAAUAAAUUGAAAAUAUGCCAAACAAUAAAUGAUGAUAAAAAAAUAUUAUCUACUCAUGAUAAUAUGAGGUUAAAUGAAAUAAAGAAAAGUAUUCCAAUGUUAUAUAAAGAAUUUAAAAUUUUAUCAAAAAGCAUUGAGAAAUUAAAAAAUGAAUAUUUAAACUUGGAUAAAAAUUAUUCACGAACGUAUUCAUCGGACGACAGAAAAAUAACUGACAUGAAUAAUGUUAUUUUGUCAUUAAGUGAUAAUGAAAUUCUAAAUUUUGAUACAUUUAAAAAUGAAUGA